CGAGAAGACAGCGAUGAACUAUCUGUAGGAGCUGCUGAUCGGAGGAUACUUUAAAUCUACUUUCGUUAUAAUAUCGGAAUGCGCUGCUGCAGCUGGCAACACCUGAAUUCUUAAUCAGUUUUUACAUAAUUAUCAGAAGUAAUUGGGAGUUAGCCAGUCCCCUCUUAUUAUUUCCUUGACAGAUUGCUUGUUGAUCAAUACCUUGUAUCCAAACCUUCAGUGGUUAACACCAUGACUUCUAAACAGUACAUGGGUAAAGACUAAGUGUUCGAUUGGAAAUUAAAGUACUCGGUUUAGUUUUCGACAACCAGGACAGAUCAGAAACAAUCAGCUUUAUUUCACGAAGGGAUUCUUUCUUGCCAGGAAAAGUCGCUCAGUUGAGGAAUAGACUGUAUUGACCAUGGCAACAGAAUCUAAACCAAGUUCCAAACCAUCCCGGGUCGUAGCUGUAGCGAUAGAUAACAGUGAAUAUGCUGAAAAAGCUUUUGAUUGGUACUUGGAAAAAAUCAGACGCAACGAUGACGUCAUUGUCCUUAUUCACAUUCCAGAGUCUUACGAUUUCUCAUUGGCAACUGUGCAGAAUAACGGAGAAGAAAUAAGGGAGUGGUCGCCCUUGGCGCUCCAGAAGGAUGCGUUCGAUUUCACGGUUCCAAGUCCUGGAGUUAUACGACAACUUUUGGAUGAAUUGGAGAAAAACGUGAAGUUUUUGGAAGAUCGCUAUGCUGAAAAAGUCAAAGCAUAUGGGAUUGAUGGGAAGUUUCGUACUGGUGGUGGUAAGCCAGGGGAAGCCAUACUUAAGAUAGCGAGAGAAGAGAAUGCCACGCUGAUUGUCACAGGUACUCGAGGACUCGGGAAGAUCCGCCGGACCGUCUUAGGAAGUGUCAGUGAUUACGUCAUCCACCACUCACCUGUUCCGGUUCUUGUGUGCCGGAUGUAAUUUGCCAGAAGUCUAAAGUUGUGACGACAUAGAUGGUUUAGACUUUCGUGCAUCGUUUAAAAUAUUUUUCUCUAUUAAUAAAAAAUGUUGUUUUA